AUGGCAAGGGGCAAGCUUCUGCAUAUGAAUGCAGGCAAUGGAGAAUGCAGUUAUGCCAGCUGCUCCACUCUUCAGAGAAAGGUUAUAGAAAAGGCAAAACCUGUAUUAGAAGAUGCCAUCAAGAAGAUGUUCAAUAAUAUUACUGGUGGCUUUCCCAAGUCGUCAUGUUUCAAUAUGGCAGACUUGGGUUGCUCUUCAGGACCAAACACACUAUUCACACUAUCAAAUAUCAUAAAGAUUGUACAAGUUUUAUGCGACGAAAAGAGUUGCAAAAUGCCAGAGUUUCAAGCUUAUCUCAAUGAUCUCCCUGAUAAUGACUUCAACACUAUUUUCAAAUCGAUUCCAUCCUUCUAUCGGAAUCUCAAAGAAGCAAUAGAUGGAGCAAAUUGUUUUGUAUCAGGCGUUCCAGGUACCUUUUAUGAGCGGCUAUUUCCUAGCAAAAGGUUGCACUUGGUUCACUCAUCUUAUAGUCUACAUUGGCUCUCUCAGGCUCCUGAAAAGAUUGAGAACAACAACAUUUACAUUACAAGGACAAGUCCUCCUCAAGUAUUUGAAGCCUACAUGAAGCAAUUUGACAAGGAUUUCUCAAGGUUUUUGCAAGUACGCUCCGAGGAAAUAGUAACUGGUGGACACAUGGUUUUAACAUUUAUGGGAAGGAGCAUUCCUGAUCCCUAUGGAAGUCACUCUGCUCAUCUGGAUCUUCUAUCAAACUCAUUCAUUGAUUUAAUACAUGAGGGACUUAUUGAACAGGCAAAAUUAGACUCCUUUCAUUUUCCUUUUUAUGCACCAUACAAGGAUGAAGUUGAAAAAAUUGUUCAAAUGGAAGGCUCAUUUGAUGUUGAUACCAUAAAGUUUUUCAAAGUGAACUGGGAUGAGAGUGACAACGCUGAUGAUAUUUGUUUCGAUGCAUAUAGCAGUGGUAAAAAUAUAGCAAGAAGCAUGAGAGCUGUUUUAGAACAAAUGCUUGUUAGCCAUUUCCAAUUCGGAGAUCCCGUUGUUGAUUAUUUGUUUGAAAGAUAUGCCUACCAUUUGACUUGUCAUUUGUUGGUUCAAAAGGGUAAGUUCUCCAACAUUGUCAUAUCUUUAAGAAAGAAAUGAC